ACCUUUCGUUCCGUGGCCCGUCGUCUUUGUUGGCCCCCUGCCACGACCGCGUCGCGCGCUCGCGCCCUUCACGCCCUGCGCUGCGCUUGCCUCGUCGCGGCCACGUCCACCUACCUGUCCCUCUCUUUCUCUCUCUGACCCAUCACCACCCCCUUUCCCAAGAUCCGAGCCGCGGCCAUGACCUGAUCAUCCGUCUCCAAGUAGGAGUACCUCGCAGGAGCAGAUUGCAAGGAGCCACUGCUGCGAGUUCCUUGGCGAUGGUGACCGUCGCGGCGGGGAGGCGGGCCGGGGCGGCAGGCGGCGUCGGUGGCCGCCGGCGCUCGGGCUGCGGCGGCGCGGGGCAGGCAGCACAGCAGAACAGUCCCCUGCAGCAGAAGCUACUGGCGGUCGCCGUCGCCGCGCGCUUCGCUGAGGCCGGGCCGCCGCCGUCCACGGAGGCCUCCGGCGCCGGCGCCGGCGGAUGCUGCGUCGAGCUCCUCGAUUGCCUCCUCGGGGCUCUCAACGUCAGCGUGGCCACUGUGACCCCGGCGCCCGCGCAGUACGGGUGGGCCGUGCGCGAGAUCCGCCCCCGCGGCGAGGGGUCCGCCGAGGACCGCCACGCCGACGCUCCCUCGGGCCGCAUCGCGGGCAACGGCGCAUCCGCCAACGCCGCCGCGUCGCUCUACACCAUGCAGGGCAGGAAGGGUGUCAAUCAGGACGCCAUGGUGGUCUGGGAGAAUUUUGGUUCAAAAGAUGAUACCGUUUUUUGUGGAGUUUUUGAUGGCCAUGGACCAAACGGCCAUUUGGUUGCCAAGAGGGUCAGAGAUCUUCUCCCUGUAAAGCUGAGUGCAAAUUUAGGAAAGGGUGAAUGCAAAGAGAUUUCUACUAGCAAUGUCAAGAGUGGUACUACUAAAAGAGUUGCAACCGAACACAGGGUUCAAGAUACUGAUGCUUCCACUGGAAAUGAAGAGAAUGGCGAGUACCCAGAAUUUUUCACAGCACUGAGAGCUUCAUUCUUGAAGGCGUUUUAUGUUAUGGACAGGGAUCUGAAAGCACAUAGAAAUAUUGAUUGUGCAUUCAGUGGUACAACAGCAGUCACAGUAAUCAAGCAGGGACAAAAUCUUAUAAUUGGCAAUUUGGGAGAUUCGAGAGCUGUCUUGGGCACAAGAGAUGAACAUAAUCAUCUAGUUGCUCUUCAGCUGACAGUGGACCUCAAACCUAGUAUCCCAAGUGAAGCAGCACGAAUCAGGCAACGAAGGGGCAGAGUAUUUUCUCUUCCAGAUGAACCAGACGUUGCUCGUGUGUGGCUUCCAACUUUCAACUCGCCAGGGUUGGCCAUGGCAAGAUCAUUUGGAGACUUCUGUCUGAAGAAUUAUGGAAUAAUUUCUAUGCCUGAUGUUUCCUACCACCGCAUCACAGAUAAGGAUGAAUUCGUUGUGUUGGCAACUGAUGGGGUGUGGGAUGUGCUUUCCAAUGCCGAAGUUGUUAGCAUCAUCAGCAGUGCUCCUUCACAGGCCUCAGCAGCUCGGUUUCUUGUUGAAUCAGCUCAACGGGCAUGGAGAACACGGUACCCAACAUCAAAAACUGAUGACUGUGCUGUUGUCUGCCUCUUCCUGAAUACAGAAGCAGCAAGUGCAUCCUCCAGUUCUGACCAAAGUUUGGUGAAGAACAGAGAAGUGAGCAGCGGUAAGCACUCAUUGGCUGUUAAAUCAAGCACCGGGGUUCCUGCAAAUCUUGUUACUGCCAAAUAUGAGUGGUCUUUUCUUGAUGGUUCCUCUGGGUGUGUUACACUGCCAACUCUACCAAAGCCCACUUCAGUUGCGACAGAUAGCUCAGAAGAUUGAGCUUGCCUGCCAAUUGAGAUGGGAUAAUUUUUGCUGGAGAUUUGUUCGCCUUUGUUUGCAACCUUGCAUGCAUCAGAUUUGUUGUGACGUGAAGAUAGUGCCAGUUUCAUUGGCGAAUUGAGUGGAAGUUAUUGCGUGCUGGAAUUGAUAGGUGUGCAGGUUUUGUUCUUUUUGUAAAGUAUUCUAUCAGUUUAGUGAGAUCAGUUGGUAGUAAUGGGAAUUGUAAUAAUACUGUGCCUAUUAUUGAUGGAUGGGGUGAUCAGAUCCAUGCAUAGGAUGAAGUUUCUCCCUUGUUUUGUAAUGUAAAUAAUUGUUUUGGUUUCUGCAGAUCUAAGAAGUUUUCUUUUGUAAUAUGAAAGACUUUUGCUAUUUAUCUGUUGACAGAUAUUUUUUGGUAUUAAGUCUGUCAGAUUUCUAUA